CACCUGAUCAAAGACACUAAAGACUCCUAUAAAAACUCAGAUCUUCAUUCUCACAAACACUGACAAGCAGCUGACUGACAUCAAGGAAAUCUAUACAUUCCAUCACAAGAUGAGGCUUUUGGUCGUUGCUGCUGCUUUUCUGGCUGUUGCCAGUGCUGCCAGUCUUUCUCUGGAGGACAUGGAGUUCUACGCAUGGAAAAUGAAAUUUGGUAAGAGCUACCAUUCAACUGAGGAAGAAUCUCACCGUAGGAUGACCUGGUUGUCCAAUCGCAAACUGGUUUUGGUCCACAACAUGAUGGCAGAUCAGGGCAUCAAAUCCUACAGGCUUGGCAUGACAUACUUUGCUGACAUGACCAAUGAGGAAUACAGACAGGUGGUGUUCCAUGGAUGCCUGGGCUCCAUGAAUAACACUAAGGCCCGUGGUGGUUCUACAUUCUUCCGGCUGAGAGAUGGCGCUGUGCUGCCUGAUAGCGUUGACUGGAGGGAAAAGGGCUACGUGACUGAUGUUAAAGACCAGAAGCAGUGCGGAUCAUGCUGGGCCUUUAGUGCAACUGGUUCCCUGGAGGGUCAGACAUUCAAGAAGACAGGAAAACUGGUGUCCUUGAGUGAGCAGCAGCUGGUGGACUGUUCUGGUGCUUAUGGGAACAUGGGCUGUAAUGGGGGACUAAUGGACCAGGCCUUCCAGUACAUCGAAGCCAAUAAAGGUCUGGAUACAGAGGAGUCCUACCCAUAUGAGGCAGAGGAUGGUCAGUGCCGUUUUAAGCCGAGCACCGUAGGUGCCACUUGCACAGGAUACGUCGAUGUCGCCAGUGGGGAUGAAAGUGCACUACAGGAGGCCGUUGCUACAAUCGGCCCUGUAUCUGUUGCUAUCGAUGCUGGACACAGCAGCUUUCAGCUCUAUGAAUCUGGCGUCUACGACGAGCCCGAUUGCAGCAGCUCUGACUUAGAUCAUGGCGUUCUGGCUGUUGGUUAUGGAACUGAGACUGGAGGGGACUAUUGGCUUGUUAAGAACAGCUGGGGGCUGGGAUGGGGUGUCAACGGCUACAUCAUGAUGACAAGGAACAAGAACAACCAAUGUGGCAUUGCUACUGCAGCCAGUUACCCUCUGGUCUAAUGGGAAAGGGGACCUGGAGCAGAUGGGAGAAAAUGAAAUGUGAACCAAUUCUACAAUAAUACCUCAUAAUUGUACUUUUAUUUGAA